CUGUGAGUGCAGCACAGCUGAUUCUCUCUGCUGGUUUCACACGAACUAUUUCACUUUAUAUUUACCGCAGCGGUUUAGAUCAAGUUUGUUUUUCAGCGCUUUUAGAAUCAUUAGAUGUUAAAUAUUAAUGCAGGUUGAUGUUAAAUGUCGUGAUUAGUGUAAUAAAGGUUAAAUUAUUGAUAUAAAGUGAGUUGACGUUGGUGUGUGUGUAACAGGAAGAAGAGCUCAGAGCUGAAACCGGAUUCACUGUAUUAAGAUGACCUGAUAUGAGCAGCAGAUCCACACACACAGAGAUGGACGAUCAGAGAAGAUCUCAGCAGCCCUGGGGGAAACUGGUGAGGGUGGGACCCUCCACUGAAUCAGCUCUGAGUCUCUUACUGGUGAACCCAGAGUGCACCGUGGGCCGGAGGAAAGGCUGUGAUUUGUCGUUUCCUGCCAGUAAGCUGAUAUCAGGUGAUCACUGUAAAAUCACUCAGGAUCGGACGUCAGGGCAGGUGUGGCUCCAGGACAUGAGCACUAACGGUACCGUGAUCAACAUGUCCAAACUGGUGAAGAGACAAAGCCACCUUCUGCAGAACGGUGAUGUCAUCUACUUCGUCUACAGGAAGAGCGAACCUGAGCAAAAUAUCGCCUACAUGUAUCAGUCCAUCAAUCCCAAACACACCGACUCACAGGAGACCGACGAGAACGACGACGAGCUGGGGCUGAGAUGUUCCGGCCUGGAGAGAAUCGACACAGACGUGGAUCCGGCUCCGGUGGAACCCGUUACGCUCCCGUCCGUACCUCAGCAGGUUCAGCCUCGACCCGGGUUCGAAGAAUCGCAGCCCUCUACCUCAUACAACAUCGCCGCUUCAGGUUUCGGUGACCUGAGGUCCGUGGAUGUGCAGAGGAACGUGGAUGAGUGUGAGGAACCAGACAGGAAGAGACAGAAGACCGAUGACGUAGCAGCUCGUGCACCGGUGAAGGACGGAGGAGGAGAUGGAGUGAAGACGGACAGGAUGGAGGAAUCCCUCACCUGUAUCAUCUGUCAGGACCUGCUGUAUGACUGUGUCAGUCUGCAGCCCUGUAUGCACACGUUCUGUGCAGCCUGUUAUUCGGGGUGGAUGGAGCGCUCCUCUCUGUGCCCCACGUGUCGCUGUCCUGUGGAGAGAAUCCGAAAAAACCACAUCCUCAACAACCUGGUGGAGGCGUACCUGCUCCAACACCCAGAGAAGUGUCGCAGUAAAGAGGACCUGCGCAGUAUGGACGCUCAGAAUAAGAUCACUCAGGACAUGGUGCAGCCCAAAGUGGACAGAUAUUUCUCUGAUGAAGAGGGAAGCUCCGAUUAUCUGCUGGAACUUUCUGAUAACGACAGCGACACCUCCGACCUCAGCCAGCCUUACCUGACCUGCAGGCAGUGUCCGGGUUACAGAAAGGAGUUUAGCCACGCCCCCUGGAUCUGUAGCUCCACCCAGGAGGCGGGGCCAGCGUCUGCAGACGGUCCAUCUACAUCAUCAGACAGCAGCGCAGUCCCGGAGGAGUUCCGGUGCCCCCCGCACGGUAAUCAUCUGAUCUGUACCUGCUGUCUGCAGCCAAUGCCUGAUCGCAGGGCGGAGCACGUGGGCACAAACCCCUCCCCCCAGCACUGUUUGGUGUGUCAGAGGCCGUUCUGCCACCUGUACUGGGGCUGCCAGCGGACUGGAUGUCAAGGAUGCUUGGCAUGUUUUAACGAUCUGAAUCUGGGUGAGAAGUGUCUGGACGGCGUCCUUAAUAGCAAUCAUUACGAGUCUGAAAUCCUGCAGAAUUAUUUGCGCUCUAAAGGAAAGACCUGGAGGGAGAUGCUGCAGGAAGCUCUACUGGCCACACAGGAGGGAGUCUACCAGCUCUCAGAUUACCGGAUCAGUGGAAACUCAUUCCUGUGUUACUGCUGUGGACUUCGGUUCUUUAAGGAACUUGCUUACAUCUACAGAGAGAAGAUUCCUGCUGCAGAACUAACAGCUGCUGUAACAUCAAGACCGGAUUGUUACUGGGGACGAAACUGCAGAACACAAAUCAAAGCUCAUCACGCCAUGAAAUUUAACCACAUCUGUGAGCAGACGCGCUUUAAGAACUGAGACGGUGCUGUGGAGGGUGGUGCAGUUGGUGGAUCUGUGGAGGGUGGUUCUCUGGAGGGUGGUGGACACCUUUUUAUCUAUUCAUAAUCAAUCUCGAUAUUUCUCAUAUGCAAAAUCAAUCAGGUGUUUAUUAAAAGCUUCGUUUCUUUGUCACGGUGUAAAUGCACAAAUCUGAUUCUGCACUUUGUUCUUCUCUAGUUUUUCUUCAGGUUGUUCAGGUUAAAUCGGACCUCGUGUGUCGUGAUUUCAGUCUCGGUUUAGACUCACUUCUGUCUGGUGCCUGAGGGUCUGUGCCAAUUUAUCGUUUACUUAUUGUGAUACCUGUGUGAUGUGAUUAGUGGCACAUUAUCGAUGCUUCCAUUCUGACUCCAUUGUUUCAUAAUGCAAACCCAAUUCCAAAAAAGUUGGGACAAGGGACAAUAUUGCUCUCUGCAGGUUAUUUAAGAGGGGACGGGUCUGGACAGCAGGCAGGCCGGUCUAGCACCUGCACUCUUACUAGGAAGCCACACACGUCCCUGUAAAAUGCGUCAUCUACAUUAGUCUUUUAGUAAUGUCUUACACUAAUACGCUCUCAGAGGGUGUGGGUGCUAGUCUGGCUCUCCUCGGUCAGUGGAGGGUGCCCAAACUGCAUGAAACAGUCGGAGCUCCGUCUGUAUAUUACAGAUAACGUAGAAUAGCCACUAGCAGCGUUUUAUUGGAACUGAUUCUGGGUCCGAGUUGGCGCCUGAUGUUAUGAUUCAUUUUGGAACUCCGUAGCCUUUUGUGAGGACGAUUAUACUGACCAUCAUAUCAACUUUACAUUCUUACUGGUGCUUUUAAUUGUUAGAAUUUUUCUAGUCGCUGGAGGCGUGAAUAAUUUAUUCAGCGUAUAGCAGCGUUGUGCUUGUGUUGGUUGGCCUAGGUCUUAUUAUAUACAUUAUAUACGUUGCGCUAAUGAGCUGAAUGUCCAUGCUUUGCAGCACGUCUUGCUCCAUUUAUUAAUGUUAUGAACCGAUCAGAGCGAUGGUAAAAACACACCAGCCCUACGCUGCUGACAUCUCCUACACAGAAAGGAUCGGCUGUGUCUGAGGG